CUCCCUGAUCUAACCUCUACUUUCCUAGCUACCAUCUCUUUCCGUCUCCUUCUCUCCCUCCACUGCUUGUCUCUCUUAAUGGCCUUGCAACAGCGUGGUGGAAGUGAGGGCAUGGAAACCAGCUGUGGCUUUAGGAGCUACUCCUCCUCUCCUUCCUCUUCCAUAGGGGUGUUCGCUGACUUAGGCUCCCUCUCCAUCAUCCCUACCACUUCGGUGGGGAGCUAUCACUGCACCAAGAACUCCGAGAAGGCCUCUUGGACCUUCAAAUUUAUGCAAAGAAGUGAGGUGGGGCGCAGGUGUUUUGAUGGCAGUGAUGGCUCCGGAGAGGAGGAGCCCAAUGCCAUCAGAGAAGAGAGGCCAGAUGGAGAGAAGACCAAUGAGAGCGCACAAGGUGGGAAGGAGACUGUUGACUGCGGUCAGUCAAAGCUCUGUAACCGAGGCCAUUGGAGGCCUGCAGAGGACUCAAAGCUCAGAGAGCUUGUGGCUAUCUAUGGUCCUCAGAACUGGAAUCUCAUAGCAGAGAAGCUUGAGGGUAGAUCAGGGAAGAGCUGUAGGCUGCGGUGGUUCAACCAGCUGGACCCCAGGAUCAACAGGAGGGCUUUUAGUGAGGAGGAGGAGGAGAAGCUGAUGGCUGCUCACAGACUGUAUGGGAACAAAUGGGCCAUGAUUGCAAGGCUUUUCCCAGGGAGGACUGACAAUGCUAUCAAGAACCAUUGGCAUGUGAUCAUGGCUAGGAAGUAUAGGGAGCAGUCCAAUGCUUAUAGGAGGAGGAAACUGAGCCAUGCUGUCCAAAGGGGACUGGAGGAAGGUGCAGCAACUACAACUACAGCAGAAGUCUGUGUGUUUGGUCACUGUCCAUCUCCCUCCUUCAAAUUUCCUGCUGCCAUCAAUGGCUCCACUGGCUUACAUCACAUGACACUUGGUGCAGGGGAUUCAGUCUCAAGUCACAAUGGCUUUUAUACCCAGCAAACACCUUUUAAUUUCCUUUCUGGUAAGGAGGGUCAUGACAAGGCCAAUUUCCAUAGCAGCAGCUCCUGGGAUUGGCCAAGGGAUGACUCCAUAUGUUUUAACCACCACCCUCCUUUUAUGGUGGCAGUGCAACAGUCAAGCCAUGCAUCACACUAUUCAGCUUCCACAGCCAUGGCUGCAUCCCGUGUCUCAGCUAUUGAGUCAUCAUCAUCCGAGGAGAACAGAGAGAGCAGCCACUUUGAAGCGACCAUCUCACCACCGUUCAUAGAUUUCCUUGGAGUAGGAGCAACAUGAAGGGACGGAAAUUAAGACCAGGCCCAAGAAGAGGAGGAUUGGUUUUUUUAGCGGUGCAUGGUGGUUAGAGCCCCAGAAGCCAUAAUGGGUAAGUGCGAGCAUUGAGGUUGAGGUGGGUGGCAAAAGGAACAUGGGAAAUAUUCCCAUAGCUCCAGUUCUAUGUAACUUUGUCACCUGGUCGAAACCUAACCUUUUCAUAUGAA